GGGCGGGGCGCCCGCCCGGAAGCGACACACGUGGGGCGGUGGCGGGGUCAUGGCUUCCCGGGCGGCGGGAGCCGCUCCCGCAGGGGCCGGCGGGCCGCCCGCCGAGGAGGAGAUGCCCGAGCUGUCCGACGGCGAGGAGGCCUGGGAGGAGGAGGAGGAGGAGGAGGAGGAAGGCGCCGCCGCCGAGGGCCUGCGGACCCGCUGCCUCUUCUGCGACAGGUUGUUUAGUUCUGCUGAAGGUGUAUUCUCCCACUGCAAAACAGAGCAUCAGUUUAAUGUUUGUGAUGUGAUCAAGAAACAUGGACUUGAUUUUUAUGGAUACAUUAAACUAAUAAACUUUGUUAGAUUAAAGAAACCAACAGGAGCAUAUUUGAGUUCUCUCAGCAGCCCGCUGCCUUGGGAAGGAGAGGAAUAUUUGAAACCAGAGCUAGAAGAUGACCUUCUACUUCAGUUUGAUAUAGAAGAUCUUUGUGAACCUGUGAACGUUUUGCCUUCUAAUGGUUUAAAUGAUACCGUGGUGCUCCUUGAACAAUUAAAACGUGCAGAACACAGAGCAAGACUUGCAGAAGCAGCCUUGGCUAGAGCACAAGAUGAUCUUCAAAAAAUGAAGCAAUUUGCACAGGAUUUUGUGAUGAACGCAGAUGUCGGGAGCAGCUCGUCAUCCAGCGCCAUUGCAGACCUUCAGGAGGAUGAGGAUGGCGUUUACUUCAGCUCCUAUGGGCAUUAUGGGAUACACGAAGAGAUGCUAAAGGAUAAAGUGCGUACAGAAAGCUAUCGUGACUUCAUGUAUCAAAACCCACAUAUCUUCAAGGACAAGGUGGUUUUGGAUGUUGGCUGUGGAACUGGAAUACUGUCCAUGUUUGCUGCCAAAGCAGGCGCGAAGAAAGUGAUUGGAGUCGACCAAUCUGAAAUCGUCUAUCAGGCCAUGGACAUCAUUAGAUUAAAUAAACUUGAAAAUAUCGUUACAUUAGUCAAAGGAAGAAUUGAAGAGGUAGAUCUGCCUUUGGAAAAAGUGGAUGUAAUUAUAUCUGAAUGGAUGGGUUAUUUCCUUCUCUUUGAGUCAAUGCUGGAUUCGGUCAUCUAUGCAAAGGACAAGUACCUGGCAGAGGGAGGCUCAGUUUAUCCUGACAUUUGCACCAUUAGUCUAGUAGCUGUUGGGGAUAUGAAUAAACAUGUGGACAAACUACUUUUCUGGGACGAUGUAUAUGGCUUUGACAUGUCUUGCAUGAAGAAGGCUGUAAUUCCAGAAGCUGUUGUGGAGGUGCUGGAUCCAAACACACUGAUAUCCUCAGCCAGUGUCAUUAAGCAUAUCGACUGUAAUACUGCAUCCACUCUAGACUUAGAAUUCUCUUCAGAUUUCACCCUGAGCAUUACAACGAGCACAAAGUGUACGGCAGUUGCUGGUUAUUUUGACAUAUUUUUUGAGAAGAACUGUCACAACAAGGUCUUGUUUUCAACUGGUCCCCAGUGUACCAAAACACACUGGAAGCAGACAGUUUUUCUCCUGGAGAAACCAAUUCCUGUAGAAGCAGGAGAGGCCCUGAGAGGAAAGAUAACAGUCCGCAAAAACAGAAAGGAUCCACGGUCCCUCUUUAUAACCCUAUCAGUGAAGGACACACAGCAGACCUACAGCCUGCAGUGAAAAUUCUGUGCAUAUAACUUUGGGAAAUGUCAAAUUUAAAUGUUAUAUUUUAACUGUUGAUAACUGUUUCUAAAUACCCAAAAAUGGUAAACUCUUGAAUUUUUUAUAUGUAUAUGCCCACACAAGAAUAUGAAGAGUUCACCUAGAAUUGAGAGAGUACUGUUUGGAUGCUUUUGCACUGGGAUGUGGAGACUGAAGACAAAAUCAGAUUCUGCUGUGUUCCACAUGACGUGCGGACGGCAAGAAAGAUGGUUUUGGGUUACGUGAGACUGGUGGCUGAAAAAAUCAGAUUAAAGUCUUGCUGUGAGGAACAAUAAAUAUGAACUCUCAAUAUUGUUUUGUUCUCCAACUGGCAAAAUCCUUGUGCAAUUUUUUUGGGGGUUGGGGGGGAAGAAGUUAAAUCAUGUGCCAGUGCACCUCAGCAGUAGCUGGAAAAUCCCAGCUGGAAUAAGUUUGGAAUUCCAACUGCAGGAUUGCAGCAACAAAGACUUUAUUUUUAUUACAUUUCUAUAAUAAAAAAGUUGUACCACAUUUUAGUUACAUUUAUCUAAAUAAAUGAACCGAGUAUGUUA